UGAAUCCACCACAGAAGAGGCUCCGUGACUACUGACUAUUUAGUGCGCUUCUGUUGAAUCAUUUGGCGUGAACAAUUUGUAAGAUUUCUUUAAAUAAAAUAAGUAAAAUCUGUAAUUGUUGAGCACUCAGAGAUUACUUGGAUAAAGACCAUUCAGUUCUUUUUUUGGCAGAAAUUGUCAUGAAAAUGACAGAGGUAAACAACGCUGUUGAGCCAAGUGUAACUGAAGAGGAUGUUCGACUACUAAUAAAAAGAAAGGAAGAAAUAGAAGAGCAAAUCAAAGCAUACUACGACAUGCUCCAAGCUCAGGGAGGUGUAGGCAUGGAUGGUCCUCUGGUUGAUGUCGAAGGCUUUCCUCGUGCCGAUGUGGAUUUGUACAAGGUCCGAACAGCAAGGCACAGUAUCUCUUGUUUACAGAAUGAUCACAAAGCUAUCAUGGUGGAGAUAGAGGAGGCUCUUCAUAGGCUCCAUGCUACAGCACGGGUCAGACAUGAGAAGGAUGAGACAAAGAUGGAAGCCACUGAACAGUCUGUGUCUCCGCCAUCCCCAUUUGCCCUGGUAGAUGCUGUAACACAGGGUUCCCCUGCUUUUCAGGCUGGUUUGCGAGUUGGCGAUGAGAUUAUGGAGUUUGGGUCCGUAAAUACACAAAACUUCAGGAAUCUGCGUGACAUCGCUUCUGUUGUCCAACAUAGUGAAGGGAAAUCCCUACGUGUUGGAUUAUUUCGAAAUGGACAAGAAGUGCAUCUUAAUUUGACUCCUCGGAACUGGUCUGGUAGAGGACUGCUAGGGUGCAACUUAGUGCCUCUUCAGAGAUGACCAGUGAAAGUUCAAGGAUCAUCUUUAAUGACAAACAACACAACUCUGAACUUGAUCAAUUUUAUUGCUUGUUUUGGUCUUGCAAAUUGUAAAAUUGAGUCAAGUUAAUAAAUACCCAGGAGAGAUGACAAGAA